GUGCUCACGCCCGCCCUGCUCUUCUCCUGCUCCUUCGCCCGCGCCGCCUGCGACCCCAAGAUCGUGAACAUCGGCGCGGUGCUGAGCACGCGGAAGCACGAGCAGGUGUUCCGCGAGGCCGUGAACCAGGCCAACAAGCGGCACGGCGCCUGGAAGAUCCAGCUCAACGCCACCUCCGUCACCCACAAGCCCAACGCCAUCCAGAUGGCCCUGUCGGUGUCCGCCCCUCACCCGCCCGCCCGCCCGCAGAGCAUCCACCUGAGCUUCCUGCGCACGGUGCCGCCCUACUCCCACCAGUCCAGCGUCUGGUUCGAGAUGAUGCGCGUCUACAGCUGGAAUCACAUCAUCCUGCUGGUCAGCGACGACCACGAGGGCCGCGCGGCGCAGAAGCGGCUGGAGACGCUGCUGGAGGCCGGCGAGUCCAAGAGUAAAAAAAGGAACUAUGACAACCUCGACCAACUGUCCUAUGACAACAAGCGCGGACCCAAGGCGGAGAAGGUGCUGCAGUUUGACCCGGGGACCAAGAACGUGACGGCCCUGCUGAUGGAGGCGCGGGAGCUGGAGGCCCGGGUCAUCAUCCUCUCCGCCAGCGAGGACGACGCUGCCACCGUGUACCGCGCCGCCGCGAUGCUGAACAUGACGGGGUCAGGGUACGUGUGGCUGGUGGGGGAGCGCGAGAUCUCCGGGAACGCCCUGCGCUACGCCCCGGACGGCAUCAUCGGGCUGCAGCUCAUCAACGGCAAGAACGAGUCCGCCCACAUCAGCGACGCGGUGAGCGUGGUGGCCCAGGCGGUGCACGAGCUCCUGGAGAAAGAGAACAUCACCGACCCGCCGCGGGGCUGCGUGGGCAACACCAACAUCUGGAAAACCGGGCCGCUCUUCAAGAGAGUGCUGAUGUCUUCCAAGUACGCGGAAGGGGUGACGGGCCGUGUGGAGUUCAAUGAGGACGGUGACCGGAAGUUCGCCAACUACAGCAUCAUGAACCUGCAGAACCGCAAGCUGGUGCAAGUGGGCAUCUACAACGGCACCCAUGUCAUCCCCAACGACCGGAAGAUCAUCUGGCCGGGCGGAGAGACAGAGAAACCCCGAGGGUACCAGAUGUCCACCAGGCUGAAGAUCGUGACGAUCCACCAGGAGCCCUUCGUGUAUGUCAAGCCCACGCUGAGCGACGGCACGUGCAAGGAGGAGUCCACCGUCAACGGGGACCCUGUCAAGAAAGUGAUCUGCACGGGGCCCAGGGGCGGGAGCCUGACUCGCGAGUGGGGCCAGUGGCGCCCGCACCCCCACCGGCUGUGUCCCCCACAGGUGAACAACAGCAACAAGAAGGAGUGGAACGGGAUGAUGGGCGAGCUGCUCAGCGGUCAGGCGGACAUGAUCGUGGCCCCACUGACCAUCAACAAUGAGCGCGCACAGUACAUCGAGUUCUCCAAGCCCUUCAAGUACCAGGGCCUGACCAUUCUGGUCAAGAAGGAGAUCCCGCGGAGCACGCUGGACUCGUUCAUGCAGCCCUUCCAGAGCACGCUGUGGCUGCUGGUGGGGCUGUCGGUGCACGUGGUGGCCGUCAUGCUGUACCUGCUGGACCGCUUCAGAGUGGGGCUGGGGAGCAGCCGCGAGCCCGCCUCUGACCCGCAGCUGAGGAACCCCUCGGACAAGUUCAUCUACGCGACGGUGAAGCAGAGCUCGGUGGACAUCUACUUCCGGCGGCAGGUGGAGCUGAGCACCAUGUACCGGCACAUGGAGAAGCACAACUACGAGAGCGCGGCCGAGGCCAUCCAGGCCGUGCGGGACAACAAACUGCACGCCUUCAUCUGGGACUCGGCGGUGCUGGAGUUCGAGGCCUCGCAGAAGUGCGACCUGGUGACCACGGGCGAGCUGUUCUUCCGCUCCGGCUUCGGCAUCGGGAUGCGCAAGGACAGCCCCUGGAAGCAGAACGUCUCCCUGUCCAUCCUCAAGUGAGUCAGCCUCGCCUGCCGCCAGCCCCCUCCUCGCUCUCGGAGAGCCGCCCCCUCCGGAGGGGUCUUCAUGCUCGUGGCCGGGGGCAUCGUGGCGGGGAUCUUCCUCAUCUUCAUCGAAAUCGCUUACAAGCGGCACAAGGACGCGCGCCGGAAGCAGAUGCAGCUGGCCUUCGCCGCGGUGAACGUGUGGAGAAAGAACCUGCAGGAUAGAAAGAGUGGUAGAGCAGAGCCUGACCCUAAAAAGAAAGCCACAUUUAGGGCUAUCACCUCCACCCUGGCUUCCAGCUUCAAGAGACGUAGGUCCUCCAAAGACACGCAGUACCAUCCCACUGAUAUCACGGGCCCGCUCAACCUCUCAGAUCCCUCGGUCAGCACCGUGGUGUGAGGCCCCCGGAGGCGCCCACCUGCCCAUUAGCCCGGCCAAGGACACUGAUGGGUCCUGCUGCUCGGGAAGCCCUGAGGGAAGC